ACUGUAACUGCUGGUAGUUUUGCUCUCUGUUUUUGUUUUUGUAUCACAAAAUUUCGUUUCUAUGGUGUUUUAUUAAAACAGAAAAUACUAUUUAUUACAUAUAAAAAUAUUACCGAUAUUUGAUUUCAAGAAAAAAUUAUGGCUUCUGAAAUUGAUGAAACAUUUAAAAGAAUCCAGUCUCACAAAGGUGUCGUUGGAAUAAUUGUACUCAAUAUGGAUGGAAUUCCCAUCAAAUCAUCUAUGGAUAGCAACACAACCAUUGAAUAUGCUGGCUUAAUCACACAUCUUCUAGAUAAAGCUCGCCAGACAGUGAAAGAACUGGAUAAUACAAAUGAGCUUACUUUUCUCAGAAUAAGAACUAAAAAGAAUGAAUUACUUAUUGCUCCAGAUAAAGAAUAUAUGAUGAUAGUUAUUCAGAAUCCAAAUGAGUAAAUAUUUCAUGCAGAAACCUGACUAAUAGACAAGUUCUUGUGGUUGUAAUAUAUGUUUUAAAAGAAUGUUUUACUAUUUUGAAUUUUGACUUAAUUUUAUAUAAAAUCUUUUAUUUUGUCUUAACUUACAGGUUUGAAAAAUGUUCACAUGCAUAUUUAUUUAAUUAAACAUGUGUUUAACUUUCCUGUUUCUGUAAAUUUGAACUAUUGGUAUAUAUUUAUAAACUUCAUUUUAUGAAUAUUGUACUCUAAUAAAAAAUAAUAAUAAAAA